AUGGAUGCUGCUACACAGCACCAGGUCAAGACUCCUGAGGAGGCCGUGGCUCGAAUUGCCUACCUCUCCAGCGAUGUCAUUGUCUCCGUCCAGCCUGCCAUUGGCACCGAUUCCGAGUUCUCCUCUCACCUGAACCGAUACGCAGGUCGCAAGGACAGCAGCUUGGUCGCGCAGAGCGCUGAUACAGUUCCUGAGAUCAUUCCCGUUCGACACAACACCGAUCCUCUUCUAUCAGUGUACACUCCUACCCGAGCCGGCAAGCUCGUCUCAGUCACAACCACAUCCACCAUCCUCCUACCCUCCGUGUCACACCUAUACAAGUUGGCCAACUACCCUGUUGUCCUACAUGUCUCUCUUCAGCCUCGGACAUUCCCCGAUUACUCAGUCAUCACCGCCAUCCGUAACUCGGGAUUCACAUUUGUCCAGUCCGAGACCCUUCAAGAGGCACAGGAUUUGGCUUUGACUGCUCACGCUCUUGCUAUCCGAACUGGCAAGGGUGUUAUUCACUUCUUUGCUCCUUCCACAUCAGCAAAGGACAAGCCCAUUGGUGUAGAGGACGCUUCAGUCGUCCGCGACGUUCUCGAUAUCGAGAGUGUCCGUCGAUACCAGGCUGGUUCCGCUCCCUCUUCACAGACCGGAAUCUACGCCGACGAUGGCCACAUCGCUGUCUCUUCAGACCACGAUGCGCCAGCUACAGCUGGUGCCGCCAGUGGCAACCUCACUGUGCCUCCCAGUGCCAAUGCCUCCAAGGCCCCCUCAGCCGGAACUUCAGUCAAGUCCAGCCAGGACAGCGAGUCCAGCACUCCUGUUGCGCCCUCAUCGGUCGCCACAACAGUUGAGUCUGCCCCUCCUCAGGUCACUUCUGAGGACAUCUACAAGUCUGCUGGCCGCAUCUGGGCCCAUCUCAAGACAUCCGUUGGCCGAGAGUACAGCGCCUUUGAGUACUCAGGCCCCCCUAAUGCCGAGAACUGCCUUUUCAUCUUCGGCUCUGAUGCCGGUGCUUUCGCUCAAGCAAUUGACGAGGCCAACGCACAGGAGAUCUUCGCCAACACCGCCAUCCUUACCCCUCGCCUAUACCGACCUUGGCUCGGUUCCAGACUGGUUGAGGCCAUUCCUCGAUCAGUUAAGCGCAUCGCUGUGUUGGAGCAGAUCCACCGCAAGACCACCAAGUGGGGUCCCCUCCUCAUUGAUGUCUUGACUUCCGUGAAGAGUGGUCCUGGUGGCGUUGAGGCUAUUGUUGGCCACCAGCUUGGCUACAUCGCCCCCGAGGUUGUCGUCCAGGCCCUGCGUGGUGUUCUCCAGAACCUUACUGCUGAGAAGCCCAUCCAGAACCUCGAGGUCGGAAAGAAGGAGGCUUGGAAGGAGCCCACUGGUUACGAUCUUAAGGCUCCUCAGCUUGAGACUGCCUACACCAAGAUUCUUGACCAGCUUUUCGGCCAGCGAGCUUACGUUGCCAACGCUAUCAAGUCUUCUACCACCGGUAUCUCACCCACUGUCUCUGCUAGCCCCGAGUUCGGUUUCGGUUCUCUUUUGGCUCGCAAGCAGCGUCGUGGCCAGUUUGUUUCUCAGGUCAAGGAUGCUGCUACCAACGGCAGCUUCACCACCGAUGCCCCCAAGAGCUGGUUGGCACGAUGGGCUAUGAACGCUGAUGAUGCCUCCAAGUCGACUGAGAUUGCCGACGAUGUUAUCGCCAGACUCGAGACUGACGGUUCUCCCCUGGCCGCUCAACUCCUUACUGCCAAGGGUCUUUUCCGAAAGGAGUCUCUUUGGCUGACUGGUUCUGAUGCCUGGUCUUAUGACCUGGGCAACUCUGGUGUUCACCACGUCCUUGCCUCCGGUGAGAAUGUCAACAUGCUCAUCAUCGACUCUACUCCUUACUCGGAGCGAGCUGCUGCUGAUGCCAACCGCCGUAAGAAGGACAUUGGUCUGUAUGCCAUGAACUUCGGCAACGUCUAUGUUGCCUCCACCGCUGUCUACAGCUCAUACACCCAGGUUCUUCAGGCUCUUCUUGAGGCUGACAAGUUUGAGGGUCCCUCUGUCGUUCUCGCCUACCUCCCCUACUUCGGUGAGACCGACUCCCCUCUCACUGUUCUCCAGGAGACCAAGAAGGCCGUUGAUACCGGAUACUGGCCUCUGUACCGAUGGAACCCUGAGAACGAGAAGAAGGGUGAGCCCAACUUCUCUCUCGACUCCGAGCUUAUUAAGCAGGAGCUAAAGACGUUCCUCGCUCGCGACAACCAGCUCACUCAGCUGGCUGCCAAGGAGCCCAAGUUCGCUGCUGCUCUCGUCAAGGACUUUGGAAGUGAGGUCCGAGCUCAGCAGAAGAGAAAGGCCAAGGACGCUUACAACCAGCUCCUUGAAGGUCUUCUAGGCGCUCCUUUGACCGUUCUAUAUGCUUCCGACAAUGGUAACUCUACCACUUUGGCCAAGCGAUUGGCUAGCCGCGGUCGCGCUCGCGGCCUGAAGACCACUGUCCUGGCUAUGGAGGACUACCCUCUUGAGGAUCUUCCUACUGAGGAGAACAUUGUCUUCAUCACUUCCACUGCCGGUCAGGGUGAGUUCCCUCAGAAUGGUCUGCCUUUCUGGGACGCUAUCAAGGACAACACCGAUCUUGACCUCGCUGCCGUCAACUACUCAAUUUUCGGUCUUGGUGACAGCCACUACUGGCCCCGAAAGGAGGAUAAGAUCUACUACAACAAGCCUGCGAAGGAUCUUGACCGUGUUCUGACCAACCUCGGUGGUAAGCACCUGAUUGAUAUUGGACUUGGUGACGACCAGGACCCCGACAGCUUCCAGACUGGCUACAAGGAGUGGGAGCCCAAGCUUUGGGCUGCCCUUGGCGUGGAUAAGGUCGAUGGCCUUCCUGAGGAGCCCCCGCCAAUCACCAACGAAGACAUCAAGGUAGCUUCCAACUAUCUCCGUGGUACUAUUGUCGAGGGUCUUAACGAUACAUCUACUCUUGCUAUCUCGGCCGCCGACCAGCAGCUUACUAAGUUCCACGGAACAUACAUGCAGGAUGAUCGUGAUAUCCGAGACGAGCGAAAGGCCCAGGGUCUUGAGCCCGCUUACUCUUUCAUGAUUCGAUGCCGACUGCCUGGUGGUAUCUCAACUCCCCAGCAGUGGAUUCAGAUGGACGACAUUGCCAACGAGCUCGGUAACGAGACCAUGAAGCUCACCACCCGACAGACCUUCCAGUUCCACGGUGUUGUGAAGAGCAAGCUUAAACCCGCUAUGCAGGCUAUCAACCGCGCUCUCAUGACCACCAUUGCUGCUUGUGGUGACGUGAACCGUAACGUCAUGUGCAGUUCGCUCCCUACUCAGUCCAAGUACCACCGUGAGGUUUUCGCCUGCUCUCAGCUUAUCAGCGACCAUCUCCUGCCUUCAACCAGUGCCUACCACGAGAUCUGGUUGACUGACGACGACAACAAGAAGACUCAAGUCGCUGGUGGUGCUGUCCAGGACUUCGAGCCCCUUUACGGACCUACCUACCUACCCCGAAAGUUCAAGAUCACCAUUGCCAUUCCUCCUCACAACGACACUGAUGUGUAUGCUCACGACAUUGGUCUGAUCGCCAUCAAGGGUGAGGAUGGCAAACUUGCUGGUUUCAACGUCCUUGCCGGUGGUGGUAUGGGUGCCACUCACAACAACAAGAAGACUUACCCCCAGACUGGCCGCAUGUUCGGCUUCUGUAAGACUGAGGACGUCCACAUUGUUUGUGAGAAGAUCAUGCUCGUCCAGCGUGACAACGGUGAUCGCAAGAACCGAAAGCACGCCCGUCUCAAGUACACCAUCGACGACAUGACUGUGCCUGUCUUCCGCAGCAAGGUCGAGGAGCUCUGGGGCAAGAAGUUCGAGAACGAGCGACCUUUCGAGUUCAAGAGCAACGUCGAUACCUUUGGCUGGCAGAAGGAUGAGCGCGGUCUCAACCACUUCACCUUCUUCAUCGAGAACGGUCGUAUCGAGGAUACCCCUGAGUUCCAGAUGAAGACUGGUCUGCGCGAGAUUGCCAAGUCCCUCAAGGGCGAGUCUGAGUUCCGUCUUACCGGCAACCAGCAUCUCAUCCUCAGCAACGUCGCUGACGAGCACCUUGCCGACGUCAAGGAGCUCAUGAAGAAGUACAAGCUGGACAAUGUUCAGUUCUCUGCCCUUCGUCUCAGCUCGUCUGCUUGUGUCGCUUUCCCUACUUGUGGUCUUGCCAUGGCUGAGUCUGAGCGAUACCUGCCUGUCCUCAUUUCCAAGCUUGAGGGCUGCAUUGAGGAAAAUGGUCUUCGUCAGGACUCCAUCGUCAUGCGUAUGACUGGUUGCCCCAACGGUUGCGCUCGUCCUUGGUUGGCCGAGGUUGCUUUCGUCGGUAAGGCGUUCGGUGCUUACAACAUGUACCUGGGUGGUGGUUACCACGGCCAACGCCUUAACAAGCUAUAUCGCCAGAGCAUCAAGGAGGAUGAGAUUCUCGACAUCAUGAAGCCUCUCCUCAAGCGAUACGCUCUCGAGCGAAACGAGGGCGAGCGCUUCGGUGACUUCUGCGUCCGCUCUGGUGUCAUCGUUGCCACCACUGACGGCCAGAACUUCCACGACAACGUUGCCGACGAAGAAGAGGAUGAUGAAUAA